AUGGCUUCUCUCUCUCACUCUCCUGCUCUGUCUUGCUCGGUGUGUCACAUGUUUAGCUACUCCUCUGCCUCCUUUGACGGUACUGAUACCUGUACUAAGUGUAGUUUGUUUGUAGCCUUGGAGGCGAGGCUUAGUGAGUUAGAAGCACGGCUCUGCACCACGGAAAGCCAGUCAGCUCCAGUAAUUAGCCAGCCCCCUGUAGCCGGUGCGAGCCUACCUAGUACUAGCGUAGCUGCUAAUCCCCAGGUGCCUCCCGAGCAGCUGGGAAACCAGGAUGGCUGGGUGACUGCUAGAAGGAAGCAUAGCCCCAAACAGAAGCCCACGGUUCACCACCAACCUCUUCAUGUUUCUAACAGAUUCUCCCCACUCAGCAACAUACCUGCUGAGAAUCAGACUCUGAUUAUUGGCAGCUCCACUCAAUUAGCGACACCAGGGACCAUAGUUAAAUGUAUUCCUGGGGCCAGAGCGGGCGACAUUGAGUCAUACUUAAAACUGCUGGAUAAGGAUAAAUGUAGAUACAAAACUGUGUCUGUCCCCCGACCACCUAAACCAGUUAAUUCAGCUUCAAAUAGAGGAGCUAUUCACAAAAAUCUGAUUAAAAUUAAUACCACUUCAGUAAUGGAUCAAAAUAAGAGAGUUAAAUGUGGACUCUUAAACACUAGAUCUCUCUCCUCUAAAGGUGUAUUAAUUAAUGACAUAAUAUCAGAUUAUCAUAUUGACUUAUUCUGUCUCACUGAAACUUGGCUGCGACAGGAUGAAUACACCAGCCUAAAUGAAUCCACACCCCCUAGUCAUAUUAAUACUCACAUUCCUCGAGAUACCGGCCGAGGAGGUGGAGUUGCAGCCAUUUUUAACUCAGACUUAAUAAUCAACCCCAGACCUAAACUUAGUUACAAAUCAUUCGAAAGUCUUGUUCUCAGUCUUUCUCAUCCAGCCUGGAAAACUUUACAGCCAGUUUUAUUUGUUGUAAUAUACCGUCCUCCUGGCCCGUAUGCCCAAUUUUUAUCUGACUUUUCAGAGUUUUUAUCAAAUUUGGUCCUGAGUACUGAUAAAGUACUUAUAGUAGGUGACUUUAACAUUCAUGUGGAUGUUGAUAAUGACAGCCUUAACACUGCAUUUAUUGCUUUAUUGGAUUCAAUUGGCUUCUCUCAAAAUGUGAAUGAAACCACUCACUGUUAUAACCACAACCUUGACCUUGUUUUGACAUAUGGUAUUGAAGUUGAACAUUUAAUAGUUUUCCCUCAUAAUCCUUCUUUAUCUGACCAUUAUUUAAUAACGUUUGAAUUCCUAUUACUGGACUAUACGCCGUUAGACAAACAUGUUCUUACUAGAUGUCUGUCUGAUGGUGUUGUCACUAAAUUUAAAGAAAUAAUUCCAUCAGUACUGAACUCAAUACCAUGUCUCAAUACAACCGAGAUGACUUAUUCUGACUUUAGUCCCCAGAUUGACUGUGUUGUGGAUAGGGCUGCAGACUCACUGUGAAAAACUCUGAACUCCAUCGCCCCUCUAAAAAAGAAGGUAAUUAAACAACAGAGAACAGCUCCAUGGUACAAUUCCCAAACUAGACGAUUAAAGCAAACUUCACGAAAAUUAGAAAGACUAUGGCGUUCUACUAAAUUAGAAGAAUCUUACGUAACCUGGCAAAACAGUCUUAAAGCAUAUAAGAAGGCCCUCCGUAACGCCAGAGUCGCCUACUACUCAUCACUAAUAGAGGAGAAUAAAAACAGUCCAAGGUUUCUUUUCAGUACUUUGGCUAAACUGACAAAGAGCCAUAAUACUACUGAUCCAUGUAUUCCUUUAACUCUCAGUAGUGAUGACUUCAUGAGUUUCUUUAAUGAUGAAAUUGUAACCAUUAGGGACAAAAUCAAUCACCUCCUGCCCUCAAUAAACUCUGAUUCAUCUUCUAACACAGAAUACCUAGAAAUCGCUGUUAAACCUGAUACCUUAGACUGUUUCUCUCCAGUCAACCUUACAGAAUUAACUUCAAUGAUUACUUCAUCCAAACCAUCAACUUGUCUCUUAGACCCGAUUCCAACUAGGCUGCUCAAGGAAGUAUUCCCCUCAGUUAGCACUUCCUUAUUAGAUAUGAUUAAUCUGUCUUUGGUGUCAGGUUAUGUACCACAGUCCUUUAAGGUAGCUGUAAUUAAACCACUUCUUAAAAAGCCUACUCUUGAUUCAGAGGUUCUAGCCAACUAUAGGCCGAUAUCAAACCUUCCCUUUCUCUCUAAGAUCGUUGAGAAAGCAGUUGCUAAUCAGCUGUGUAACUUUCUCCAUAGUAACAGUUUAUUUGAGAAUUUUCAGUCUGGAUUUAGAGCUCAUCAUAGCACAGAGACUGCACUGGUAAAAGUUACAAAUGACCUUUUAACCUCAUCAGACAAUGGACUUCUCUCUGUCCUCAUCCUGUUAGACCUUAGUGCUGCCUUUGAUACUAUUGAUCAUCAAAUCCUGUUGCAGAGACUUGAACAUGUAAUUGGUAUUAAAGAAACAGCAUUGAAAUGGUUUAAAUCAUAUUUAUCUGAUAGAUUUCAGUUUGUAAAUGUUCAUGAUAAAUCCUCCAUGCAAACAAAAGUUGGACAUGGUGUUCCUCAGGGUUCAGUGCUUGGACCAAUACUAUUCUCCUUAUAUAUGCUUCCUUUAGGAAACAUUAUCCGGAAUCACUCAAUAAAUUUUCAUUGUUAUGCAGAUGAUACUCAAUUAUAUCUAUCAAUGAAGCCAAAUGAAACUAACCAAUUAUCUAAACUACAAACAUGCAUUAAGGACAUAAAGGCCUGGAUGACCUGCAACUUCCUGUUAUUAAACUCAGAAAAAACUGAAGUUAUUGUGCUUGGCCCUAAAUACCUUAGAAAUUCACUAUCAAACGACAUAACUACUCUGGAUGGCAUUACUCUGGCCCCCAGCUCCACUGUAAGGAACCUAGGAGUUAUCUUUGAUCAGGAUCUGUCCUUUAAUUCCCACAUAAAACAAAUUUCAAGGACUGCCUUCUUUCAUCUGCGUAAUAUUGCAAGAAUUAGACACUUCCUGUCUCACAAUGAUGCUGAAAAACUAGUCCAUGCAUUUGUUACUUCUAGGCUGGACUACUGCCAUUCAUUAUUAUCAGGCUGUCCUAAUAAGUCUCUAAAGACUCUCCACCUGGUCCAGAAUGCAGCUGCCCGUGUUCUGACAAAAACUAGAAAGAGAGAUCAUAUUACUCCCAUCUUGGCUUCAUUGCAUUGGCUUCCCGUAAAAUUCAGAAUAGAAUUCAAAAUCCUCCUCCUCACCUUUAAAGCUCUUAAUGGUCAGGCCCCAUCAUAUCUUAAAGAACUGAUAGUACCUUAUGUACCUACUAGAAGACUGCGCUCCCAGCAUGCAGGUCUACUUGUGGUUCCUAGUAUCUCUAAAAGUAGAACAGGAGGAGCCUUCAGCUAUCAGGCUCCUCUCCUGUGGAACCAUCUUCCAGAUUUGGUCCGGGGGGCAGACACCCUCCCUACAUUUAAGAGUAGGCUUAAAACUUUCCUUUUUGAUAAAGAGCUGUGGACUUCUCGUCACAUCAGCAGAUUGCCGCGCUCUCCGGCCCUUUUCCGGUCUCUGAUCCCAGCUGGAAAACUGAAAUGGAACCUUUUCCCCCAGAUCCAAACCACCACAUCACCUGAUAUGGAGCAAAAGACAGAGCAAAGACAAAGACAUGGGAAGCUCCUACCAGCAAAGAUGACAGAGAGAGAGAGAUGUGAGGACGGAGGAAUUGAAUUUGUCAUACGAGACAUCCUCUCCCACUCCAAUGUCAUUUUGAGGCUAGGAUGUGAUGACGCACAACACCUCAACUUUCAGAAGGCUGACAAAGAGUCAGAGGGACCAUCACCAAAGCGCCUGCGUUCAUCUGUGGGUGGGCCUCUCCAUGACAAGACAAAGUGUGUGUGGUGCAUGCAAGGUGAGGACAUGAGGCAUCCAAAUAGAGUGCGCAGCAAGCUGUUCAGAAUCAACACUCAGUCAGCAUGGCGCGCCUUCAAGCGCCACACAGUCCUUAUAGAAGAUGAGCAGUUGAGGGACCGUCUCACAAGGCUCAUUGAGUCAACAUCAGCACUGUCAGAUCCUUUUGCAAAUGACAUCAUGUACCACCAUGUCUGUUGGAUGAAGCACAUCCACCAUACACAUUUCAAGCCAGAUGAUGCAAUGCAUCUCCAGAGUGUGUCACUCACAGAGGCAAAGAAUUUGUUCUUUAGACAUGUUGAUUCUGUCAUCUUUACUGAGCGUGAGAUCCGUUCAUUACAGUCUCUUUUAACAGACUACAAAUGCAUAGUCAGUGAGUAUGGCUAUGCAGUAGGCGAUGUGAAAUCAUCUUACGUCAAGGACCUGCUCAUUAAUGAGUAUCAAGAGAAAAUUGGCUUUAAAGAGAGAAGUGAGCUUAACAAAAGCGAGUGGGUCUAUGAUGUUGGGGGAGGAGGUGACUACAUUGAGGCUGCGGUCUCAUCCCUUGGCAUCAGCGAUGAGCAGCUCCUCCAGAACUUGGCACCACAGCUAUCGAAGAUGAUCAAAGACACACCUAUUGUUCCCUGGCCACCUUGCAUUGAUCAUCUUGAGGAAGAUGAACAGUUGUGUGAGUUGCUGUUGAAGCUUUUGACUUGGCUAAAACAGCCUGAGAGAAAAAAUGCCGACCUCAGCCGAGCCACACUCAGUCUGGCCUCCAUGAUCACCUACCACAUUACUGGACAGCGCACUAUCACUGCUAUCAACCUGGGUGUAAAUGUCCAUGGCAUGACUCGGAGUAAAGAUUUGGUAGACACUCUACACAAGAGUGGUGUCUGCAUCAGCUACGCAGACACGCUGCUCCUUUAUGACCACUGGGCUUUGAUGGAUAUAGAGGCAUCAGCAACCUGCCCACAGGAGAUUGCAGAUGGCAAGCCAGCUAUUGUUAUUAUCGACAAUGAUGACUUCAAGACUGACACCCUGACAGGCAACUCAACAGGAGCUCAUCGAACAAAUGUUAUGUAUGUGCAGCCAGAGAGCUAUAACAAGAAAGCAGAUGAAGUUCCUGCUGCAAGGCUCUCCAAGAAGAAAGAAAUCUCUGCACAGCUGAGGCAGAAGUGUGCAGAGCUGACAAAGGUCCAUCAGUACAGAUGCCCACCUGGUAGCAAGAGUGAGCCACCAGCUCGUCCCAUGGUAGAUCUACCAGUGAAUGGCACAGCUUCACAGCGUGCUCGCUCUGUCAUACAUGCAUUGUCUCGCAUAGACACUGAUGGUUCAAGACCACCACCUCAAGAGCAGCGGGUUCCAGGAUACAGUGGUGCUCAGUCCUGCCAUCAUCUACCACACAACAAGAGCAAGCCUUACUACCACACAACCUACAAUGAACCUCCAGGCAAGUCAGUGGUGCAUGACAUUAUGGUUAAACUAGUGAAUGCCAUGCACAAGAAGAAUAUUCCAUUCUCCUUUCUCGUUGGUGACCUGCCCACCUACAAGACGAUCGUUCAGCUCAAGGCAGAGAAUGCGCAAAUGUUCAAGGACAUUGUCCCAAUCCUUGGUGCUUUUCACCAGCAGAUGUCCUACAUCUAUGUUAUCUACAAGAGAUUCAAGGGAUCUGGAAUGGCAGACACUCUGGUUACAGCAGGGGCUCUGAUCCAUAAACGACUAGCAAAGAUUCUUGAGUGUGAAGAGCUAUCAGAGGACGUCAAAGAGAAUCUCAAGACCCUGCGCAAUGCACUCACAGAAACUCAGGAGGCUCUACAGAAAGCUCACAAGGAUCUUGAGGAGGAUGGUGAUGUAAAGGAGCUGAUCAACAGAGUUUAUGCGAAACUUGGCACAGACAUGGGGGACUUUUGGGUCUCAUUCCUAGAGAUAACCGACCCACUUGUACAAUGUCUUGAUGCAUGUCAUGCAAGAAAUGGUACAGAGUACCUACUGUCAACAUACAACAUGCUGCCUGGACUGAUGGCAUAUGACAACCAUGAUUAUGGAAGGUGGUUGCCAGAUUAUUGGGCAAUGCUCUCUUCGCUGUCAGAUGAGAAAAUUGCAUUCUUCAACCUUCACUUCACCCAGUCAAUGACCGGCUACCUUACUCCUGUCAGCCACUCGACCUCUGGAUAG